UUUAAUUAAAAGAGCCUCUCUUGUGUGUUACCAAUAUGUUCAAGCUAGAAUCACUUUCGUCGGAUGAUUUGCAACACAAGCACACUGUGCUUCGAAUGCGAACCACUAUCAUGGAGCACGAUAAUGGAAUUUCGUUUAGGGACUACCAAAUUAGAAACGUGUAUAGAAUCGUGAACACAUCAGUAAAAGAAAGAUUUGAACAAAAGAAAACAAGUAUUGAGCAGGAAAUUGGUGGUCCGAGUGACGUUUUGGAGGCCUUCCACGGUUCACCAGACGCAGAGAAAAUUGCACGGGAAGGUUUCGACGUCAGCUAUUCCAAGGGCACCAGUAUGUUUGGAAAGGGACUUUAUUUCGCUCCUCAGUCUUCGAAGGCAAACCAGUACUGCUUUGGAAAAAGUCAAGGAAUGAAUCAAGGGUGUUCGACGCACAAGGACAAAUCGUGCAAAAUCUGCGUUCGGCGAAUGCUCAUCUGCCUCUGCGUCAUGGGCCGAAAGUACAAACCAUCGCAGCCGACCCAAAAUAUUCCUCCAGGUUUUCACAGCGUCGUAGCAGAUCCGAAAGAUUCGAGUCAGCUCGCAGCACAUCUGAAGUACCCUGAAUAUUGCAUUCUGCACGGAGACCAGGUCCUGCCAUACAUGCUUGUUGAAUUCACCUUGUCCGAUCAAAUCGAAUCGCCUAUUACUCGGUUUUUGACUCUUCAAGACGCUCAAAAUGGCAUGUUAAAUGGAGAAGAAGUACUAAAUAUUCAUUUAAAAAUUAUGACACAAAUACUGUCAGUCGUUUUUCCACCGCUUCGACUUUUAAAUUUAAGUGGACAGAGCAAUAAUGAUCCUUGCUCCAUAAUGUAAAUUCCGGUAAAUUCAUCAAUAUAUACUAUGAUCCGUUAUGAUAAAAAUUAGAUACAAUUAGCAAAAAAGCUAUAAAUUACAACAUAAAUUACAUUCAUCAAUUGGAAUUUAAAAAAAAAUGAAUAAAUUAACAAUAAAGCUAGAAUUGAGUAGAAAAGAUUAGAUCUUAACAAAGACAUUCCUGUUUUAAAGGUUAUAGAUUUUUAAAAAGGAUCAAAAUUAAGUUUUUCUAUAAAAAAGUAAAUUAUUAUGAUUCGGAUUGUAGUCCACUGGAAUUGUUCUGCAUAGAGUACGAUUUU